UAGAUAGUCUUAAAGCAGAAGAAGACCGCUCAGAUCCGAAAAGCCCGGACAGACGACACGCCGCUCCGUUACUCGUCACAUCUCGUCGAUAUCUUUGCUUUGAUGGGUUAAUCUGCGACAGAAGAACAAGCUGAAUAUUAACUGAGACAACCCAAACUGAAAUGGAAAUGGAAUGACACAUUUCCCCCCUUCCCCCAAGAGCUUUAACACCGUCCUGUGAUCCUUCUCCGGUCGCAUGGUUUUUGGCACCUUUUAUCCCCUCUGAUGUCCACCUGUUACCGUCGGUUUCCGAGCCGCAGACAGCCUCACCACGGAGCGUCAGAUAGAUCAAGCUACUACUGAGAUGGCCCGUGCAGAGACCAUCGAGAGCGUCGGGGAAACUGGAGGAGGAGGAGGAAACGGCCCUCUUCCUCGCCACAACACCUGCCGCAUGGAGCUGCCUCGCCCCGUCCACACCUGGCCCGGCCUGCUCACCACUACCACCAUCACCACGGGCUCUGGUACUGGCAAUGGUGCCAUGCACCUCCACCAUAACCACCAUCAUAUGCACCCAUUGCAGGCUCUCUAUCUGUCGUACCCGCUGCCUUACCCCCACCCAGAGGGCCAGGACGAGCCCCAGACUCACCAGCAGUUACCUGCGUUAUCGCCAUCACCAACACCUCCUCCUUCGCCCCUCUGCAAUUGGAGGGGCAGAGGCGCAGCUGCACCCAGUGCCUUCUCAGGAGAGCAGUCAGACUCGGACAGAGAGGAGCGCCCGGAGGCCUGCAGCCGGCAGGGACCUCUGCCUGACCUGCUGCCCCAGAACGAGCUCCCAUCCUGGGCUUCACCACAUCACAGAGCUCCCAGGGGAGAGGCAGUGCAGGAGCUGGAGCUCAGGAGAGUGGCCAACCAGCUGAGGGCCAUUGGAGAUGAAUUUAAUGCCACAGUCCUCCACAGAGCGCACGCUGCCCCCCACUGGCAGGACUGGAGAGACGCCUGCCGAGGACUCUUUAACUUCAUCACCCAGACUCUCAGCACUCUCUACAGGCUCGCAUAGAGAGGCCUCUCACCUCCAACCACCGGUUACCAUGGCGACUUUUUACAUUCAGGACCACUGACCAUCGGACUGUGGCUCGUGAACGGAACAACCCCGACUGGUUGCUGCACUGUUGUCCAUUUGAACCUGGAGGAUAAACGGGGCCUGAAAUCAAACAUUUGCUUGAACAAAUAAUUUGGGAGGAUGAGAUCAGCAGCUGGAGGUGUCGGUGCCACCUGUGGGCUGGAUCAGGGAGCUACCUGUGGAAACUGGACCCUGCCUGCCUGUCUGCGUGACGGUCCGUGUGUCAGUCAGUCUGCUGGUACAGACUGCAGCUGACGGACUGACGGCCACUUUCCUACCUGUAUAUUUUGUAAAAUCCACUUGCUUUCACUGUCUUUGUCAACGUCUCGGGGGUCAGCUCUUUAUGUAGCAGGCGUGACUCAAGUGUGUGUGUGCGUGCGUGUGUGUGUGUGUGCAUGCGUGCGUGCAUGGCAGACCUGGGUCAAAUGGAUAGAUUGUGUACACUGAGAUGUCAUUGCAGAAACGUUUUUAUCUAUUUUGGAAAAUACAGAUAUUUCAAAAUUGGGCUUUCAGUAGUACAGAUGAGUCUGUUGGUAAGUGAAGCUCUUCAUUAUCUUUUGAAGCUUUUUCAUUUAGCUUUAAUGUCAGAGUGGAUGAUAUCUCUCCAGUUCUUCCCUUUGAUUAUGUAAAAUGUAUAUCUUCUUGUGUGGAGACUUAAAAAUAAUUAAGGGAAUGAUCACAGACAUAAUUUGACCCUCGUCUGAUGUGCGCCUAUUACUGUUGUCUUUAUUUUGCAUCCUAUGCCCCCAUUCUUAUAAACUGUGAAACUGGACGCUGUGUUUGCAUCGCAGGGAAAAGUCGGGUGUUAUUCUACUAUGGAGCAAAGCACAGAGUGAACCUCUCUCCUAAUCUGAAACUGCUUCAAUUCAUCAUAUGAUGUGCCUUUCUGCUCAGCGCUCUGUUGAGGCCCAAUCUUUAACAUCAGGAUAAUCAGCUACACACACACACACACAUUCAAAGAAAUACACACACACUCUUUUUAAGUGCUUUGUUUGCAGUCACUAAACUCAAGUGUCAUUUGCAUCACAUUCAAAUGUUUUAGUUUCAGACUGGCUUGAGGUCAUUUAAGGACAGAAACAGGUUAACCCCCGCCAAGCGUAGACACAUUUUGCCACUGUACAUUCCUCCACCGUUCAUACAGCCAGUGUUGGGAGCUGGCAGGGUCUCACCUGCCUGUGUCGACAGUGUUUAUAGUUACUUGAUCGUUCUUUUGGAAGAUGAAUCUAACUAAUACGAAAAUUUGGAUGGACUUAUCAAAGCGAGAGUUCACUGUGUUUAGGAGAUCUUUUUGUAUUUCUGAGCAGAGUUUGAAUUUAAAUCCAGUGGAUUUGAGAUGGUAUUCCAUGAGUUAAAGAAAAAUAUAUGAUUUGGAUCUUUUGAUUGUUGAAAAGUAUUUGAUGAUGUUUGUAAAAUGACCCCUUCGGUUGUGCGAUUAUUUUCAUUGUAGUUUGGGAGAAAAUAUGAAUUGCUCAUAUUAAGAGCAUAAUUUAUUUUGGAAUGUAGCCUCGCUGUAGCUUGAUUUUUGGUUCCUUGAACGUUUUUCAUUUUUUUUAUGUAAUAUAUUAUUUAUUUUUUUCUGAUAUUCCUGAUCAAAACUACAAAUUAAGUUGUACUUGAGUUGUAACUGUUAAAACAGAUUAAAUAAGAUGGGAGUGAAAACUAUCAACAUACACACUGAAAGUGGAUACAUCACUUUGAGAAGCAGAAAAAUAUUAAUUGCGAAUGUUAUCAGCUUUAGAAAUUGGUACCUCAUGUCCAUUGUUCACGAUUUAAAAAAACUGGCUCAAUGAUUUAAAAUGGUACUGUGCUUUAAAGCAAUCGUCCUAAUAUUAUUAACGAUUUACUGAUAGUCCAGCUUUAAAAACAGAAUGACGGGUCCUUUGUUAGCUUUGUGUUUGGCAAAUAUAGCGCACAUGGAAAACAAAAUGUAAGUGUCUUACAGAAUGACACAAACCUCUCCAGAAAGUUUAAGUGAUGUAUUGGCUUUCAAUGUGUAUAUCGGAUGAAAUGGAAAAGUACCAAAAUUCUCAUGAGGUAUCACAGACUGUUAGCAAUACUCUGAGUUUUUGUUUAACGUCUCGAACUGACUGAACUGAAAACCCAUUUAAUUGAAAAUCAACUGGGUCUUUCUGAGUAAAUUUAAUUCCAAAACUGUGGGUCUGUGUGAUUUUGGACAGCGCUAGUGUGACUGGUGCUACACGUGCUAAAAACAUACAUUUAUGUACUGUAACGUACUUUGGAUUUAAGUAUAUCGACUUUAAUUUCAGGACUGAAAUGUGCGCCCUUAUUGACCUGUCACACAAAAUGCCUCAAAAAUUGAACAGAGAAGUGACUGGCUGUGGUGAAUGCCACACACAUUAUUCCACGCUCACUUGGCCUUAGCUAAACUGUUUUGGAUGUUUUUAGCACAGGGCCUUGUUUUAACAUUUUGAUAGCCUUGAUGUAUAAAGUCAUAAUGAUACCACAGCAGGCAGAUGUUCAGCUAACAAUGGGGCUAAGCAGAGAACAAACUAUGCUAGCACGGUAGACGCUCGUUUACUGCUUGUAUAUUCGUAUUUUUAGAUCGGUUUGCUAGCAGUGCUUUUAGCCAUGUUUGCUGUCAUCUCAAAGUAAUGCUAACAGGUUUAAAGAAAGUCCACCUGUAAGUACUGAAAUCAUUCAACCUGCAGGUGAUCGCCAACCUGGCGCUCUGAGCAUGUGCAGUUGCUCACUUCCUGGUUGUUGUUUAUUUGCGAGAGCGCACUUCCUAGUUCAGGGGUCGCCUCCACUCUACAACGACGCUCAGUGUCAUCACAUGCAGUGUGUAUUUGCUGUUUUUCAACUUUUUUCUAUUGUAAACUUUCUACAUGAAUUUUGUACUUUUUUCUUUUUUAUACAAUAAAGAUAAGGAGAACUAUA